AUGUUUAAAAUAUCCCAUUACCGAUCUUCAGAACAAUUGUUAAAAGAGAAUCAACAAAAACUGACAAAGAAACAAGAAAGUUUAAUCAGACAUUAUGAAUCAGAAUGUUUUGUGCAACUUUGUUGCAUUGAAUAUUUGCUUGCCCAAGACAAGCAAUUAACUUCUUUUUUCCUUCCAGAAGAUUUAAAUGAAAGACAAUUUGAAUAA